AUGUCUGCUCAAUCAUCUGAAUCUGUUUCUUCUGCUCCAUUCGUAAAUGAUGCUUUGGAAAAUCAUAUGGACAUAGAAAUGGAUAGUAUUACUUCUGAUGUUAUGAUUGUCACCUCUGAUGAAAGUGAUAAUAAUCAUAAUAUUAUAAAAUCCUUGAAAGAAGCUAUUGUUGCCUCUGAAAGUACCCUUAUAAGAGUGCUAGAUGAAUAUAAACAAUUGUUAAACAGGGUCGCUGAUGCUAAUGAUUUAGUUCAGAAUGAAAAUUUAUACCAACGAAUCAAAGAUCGUUUGGAAAAUUUAAAUGAACAAUUACGUUCAUAUACAAAUAAAACUGAAAAACCUAUCACGGUGGUGAUUCCUCGCAAUUUGCUAUCCUUGCAGUUCGCUGGUGAUAUGGAUGCUAUUAAGGGCAAAAAUGUCUUCGAAACUAUUGACAAGUUCGUUGACAGAUUUGAAAUGGUGUUACACCAACAUCGUUUAGUGCCUGAUGAUUCAUGGGAAGCUUGUCUUAUCACUUCCUUACAACACUCAACAGAAAGGUGUGAUUGGUUCCAAGAAACAUUGAUGAAUAAACAAUACAAAUGGAACCACGCUAAACACUUGUUGAAGAUGAAAUAUAGCGGUGAUCAAUCGCAGUCUGUAUAUUUGGAAAAACUUUAUGAUAUGAAACCUUCCAAAUGGGAGAAUCCAAUUCGUUUUGUUGAAAAAUUUUAUUCAACAUUCAAAAGUGCUGGGGCACCAGACUCGGUUGCAUUCGGAACGAUGUUGCUGAAGUCAUUAGCAAAACAUCAUGGUGAUUUUGUUAAACAAAUUAAAAGUACAGCAGCAUCAGAUAGGGCUCAUGAUAGAUCUCCUAUCAUUGAUGUCACCUAUAUCAAUAACAUUGCACCUCGUAUGCAUGUUGAUUACGAAGUGGAUGAUCAUAAGAAACAUUCAAACAGAAAUCAUUAUUAUCAAGAAGAUAAGGAAAUCUCAGCUUCUUGUCAUUUAAGAUUGGAUUAG